GUUGCGUGGGGCUGCAUGGCUGGUUCUGGGACGCUGAGCGCUUUCCGUCUCCCGCCGUUGCCCACGAUUCGAGAAAUCAUUAAGUUAUUCAGGCUGCAAGCAGCGAAGCAGCUAUCCCAGAAUUUUCUCCUGGACUUAAGGCUGACAGAUAAAAUUGUAAGGAAAGCUGGGAAUCUGACAGAUGCUUACGUGUAUGAAGUGGGCCCUGGGCCAGGGGGAAUCACAAGAUCCAUUCUUAAUGCCAAUGUUGCUGAACUUUUGGUGGUUGAAAAGGAUAGUCGAUUUAUUCCUGGAUUACAGAUGCUUUCUGAUGCAGCGCCCGGAAAACUGAGAAUUGUCCACGGAGAUGUGUUGACAUUUAAGAUUGAAAGGGCUUUUCCAGAAAGUCUUAAAAGACAGUGGGAGGAUGAUCCUCCAAAUGUACACAUUAUUGGAAAUCUGCCUUUUAAUGUAUCAACUCCGCUGAUUAUCAAGUGGCUUGAAAAUGUUUCUUGUAGAGAUGGACCUUUCAUUUAUGGCAGAACCCAGAUGAUGUUGACUUUUCAAAAGGAAGUGGCAGAGAGACUGACAGCCAAUACAGGAAGCAAACAGCGUAGUCGCCUUUCUAUUAUGGCGCAGUACCUCUGUAGUGUUCAGCACAUCUUGACAAUUCCGGGUCAGGCUUUUGUCCCUAAACCAGAGGUGGACGUGGGCGUGGUGCACUUCACCCCGCUGGUGCGGCCCAGGAUCGAGCAGCCCUUCGAGCUGGUGGAGAAGGUGGUUCAGAAUGCGUUUCAGUUCCGGAGGAAGUACUGCUACCGCGGGCUUGGAAUGUUAUUCCCUGAGGUUGAGCGCGUGGAAAGCACUGGAAAACUGUUAGAACUGGCAGAUGUGGACCCUACCCUUCGACCCACCCAGCUCUCGGUUUCACAUUUUAAGAGCCUGUGUGACGUUUACCGAAAAAUGUGUGAUGAAGACCCACUCCUCUUUGCUUAUAAUUUCAGAGAAGAACUCAAACAAAAUAAAAGCAAAAAUCAGGAAAAAGAGGAUGACAAGGAGAAACACAGACUCUAACAGCAAACCAAAUGUUGCUUUCCACAGUGUUGAGCUGCUCAGGUGUGUACUCUCUUGUCUUCUACAGAAGGACAAUAAAAAUGCGAUUACCAGAUGCGACUUCCUUCCCUUUUACUGUACAGCUUGGUAGAGAAAAUAAAUAUAAUCAAAUAAGA